AUGGAAAGUAAGUCCACCGGCUCUGCAGACAAAACCCACCCGGCUUCGCCUUUGAUUGGAAAUAUUGACGACGACGCCUGCGCACCUCAUAGCCGAAACUUGCAAGGAGGAACCGACGGUGCGACUGACGUGGCUCGAGCCAGAUGGACUCUUCUACGACAGGUGUUGCGUCAGAAGCAGGCAGACAGUGUGGAGAUCCCACAGGUGUCUGUUCGCAGGUUCGCAUCGUUUGACCUCUUCAGCAGGAAAAAGGUGGUGGCGCAGGAACUAAAUGAUACCUCAGAUGACCAGUGGGUGGAGUACAGAAGUGUCUGCCUUCCUGAGUACAGUGCCUUACUCAGGGAUAACCUGGGGCCUCUUAGAGUUAAUGAAGUGCUUAAAAGUUUUGACAACACCGGCAAUGUCUCACAACCCGAGAAAUGGAUGGAACAUAAAAACAAGCAUGCGGACGGCCAGCGAGUCCAGCAUCCCUCUCUGGUUCCACUUCCUGUGUUAGAGCGGGACGAGGACAAACUGGUGACAUCACUUCCUCCUCAGGACAAUCGUACAGGAACAGGCCCGGAGGCUGCACAAGUGCCGUCUUUGCCAUAA